AUGCCUCGGAGGAACUGCCGGGUCAAGCCUGCGGGUUUGAAUAUUGCCGGGCCCGACACGUCGCUGUCAUGUCAUGCCGGCGCCCAUGUCAUCCAUGGUAGGACAGCGGACGGAAGUGCCUUGACCAACCGCCCAGAAGUUCACCACCUCAUAGACGGCGAAGAAGAAGAAUAUCGGCCCACUUUGGGAUGGAUGAGGGUGUAG